GAAGGUGUUUGAGAACUGCCUAUUUACUCGUCCUCCAUAUUAAGUGAUUUCUCUGCCAGGAUAAUGUUAUGCAUCACAGUUAUUCAUUGAAAAAAUCCUUACCAACACUAGAUAUGAAAAUCAAGAAUAUUGAACCGACCUGCUGUAAUUCAUCACAUGUAUCGCUUGAAAAGUGAAAAAUAUUUACUUAAAAUAUCAACAGGAGUAGCAUGGCUAUUGAACUUUGCUGGUACAAAACAAGAUAUUUGUUAGCUGUACUACCCAGCUUGGUAGCUGCUCCGGGGACAACAAGGUAAUCAGCGUAGCAUUAGAGCAUGGCGUAAAUAGCUAGCUAGCUAGCUGUUUGUGCAGCAUUAGAGCAUGGCGUAAAUAGCUAGCUAGCUGAUUGUGUAGCAUUAGAGCAUGGCGUAAAUAGCUAGCUAGCCAGCUGUUUGUGUAGCAUUAGAGCAUGGUGUAAAUAGCUAGCCAGCUGUUUGUGUAGCAUUAAAGCAUGGCGUAACUAGCCAGCUGUUUGUGUAGCAUUAGAGCAUGGCGUAAAUAGCUAGCUAGCUAGCUGUUUGUGUAGCAUCAGAGCAUGAUGAAAAUAGCUAGCUGUUUGUGUAGCAUUAGAGCAUGGCGUAACUAGCCAGCUGUUUGUGUAGCAUUAGAGCAUGGCGUAAAUAGCUAGCUAGCCAGCUGUUUGUGUAGCAUUAAAGCAUGAUGAAAAUAGCUAGCUAGCCAGCUGUUUGUGUAGCAUUAGAGCAUGGCGUAAAUAGCUAGCUAGCCAGCUGUUUGUGUAGCAUUAAAGCAUGGCGUAACUAGCCAGCUGUUUGUGUAGCAUUAAAGCAUGGUGUAACUAGCCAGCUGUUUGUGUAGCAUUAAAGCAUGGCGUAACUAGCCAGCUGUUUGUGUAGCAUUAAAGCAUGGCGUAACUAGCCAGCUGUUUGUGUAGCAUUAAAGCAUGGUGUAACUAGCCAGCUGUUUGUGUAGCAUUAAAGCAUGGCGUAACUAGCCAGCUGUUUGUGUAGCAUUAAAGCAUGGUGUAACUAGCCAGCUGUUUGUGUAGCAUUAAAGCAUGGCGUAACUAGCCAGCUGUUUGUGUAGCAUGAAAGCAUGGUGUAACUAGCCAGCUGUUUGUGUAGCAUGAAAGCAUGGUGUAACUAGCCAGCUGUUUGUGUAGCAUGAAAGCAUGGUGUAACUAGCCAGCUGUUUGUGUAGCAUUAAAGCAUGGUGUAACUAGCCAGAUGCCCGCUAGUUGGUGUACGGUUUGAGCCGCCACUGCAGAAACCUCAGAGCUUGGCGAGCCAGCGACUUGCCUACUACGCUACAAUUGCAACGGCGCACACAAAAAAAGGCAGCCGCCCGGACAAUCCCGCUUCUUUGGUUUGAGUGUGGAGAGUUCUACUCGAACUCUGUUUCUGUGAGGAGUUCAUUGUUUGACUCUGGCGUUUGGCCAGCUGUUGAUCUGUGAAGGUGAGAACGGACCAAUAAAUGUAGCUAGAAAGUUACAAACCAAACGGUUAAGAAUGCUUCUUUACAGCCGGAUCGUCUAAUCAGCCUCUCUUCAUAAAAAAGAUUAUUAGAGGCUGCCAAAUGAAAUAUUUUUUCUUCAUCACCCCUGCGUGAAGAAUUUAAGGCUUUCACAACACCUGUAAUCAUCAAUGUGACAACCUCUGAGGCAUUUUAGUCAAACUAUUGUCUGCCAAGAGAUUGCGUGGGUUCAAAAACACGUCCAAAGACAAAUCCACAAGAAAAGAGCUUCCGGGCAAUGGCACAUACCUCGACCACCAUCAUCAUCAAACCGGUUUAGGCUUUGCCUCUGCAUGCAGGGAAAAAAAGAAGGAAACAAAUCUUUGCUUCAUUGCCUGACACUUUUAGUGGUCGGGUAUAAAAUCAGCAGACGCUUGUUGGCGAUCACAGAAGGAGUUGGAGAACGUGACACUUCACACCGGCAGACGACAGCAUGUUUACUCAAAGACUGGCGCACGCAGAGAAAGCUCUCCUCUCAGCGAUGGCAGCGCUGCUGCUCCUGACCACAACAGGACAGUCUGCUAUGCCGACCAACAGCCUCCCGACCGCAGAGACUCCUGCUCUGUCGGCGACCACACGGCUCGUCAACGGCAGUAUGGAGGUACCUCCGGUUUUGCCCUCACACAGAUCGUGCCGGAGUGAACACAAACAUUUCUGUGAAAACGGGGGCGAGUGCAUGUACCCCCAAGACAGCGACCAACCCGCGUGCAUCUGCACGCCCUCCUACAACGGGCAUCGGUGCCUGUUCUGGAACGCCCGCUCAUACACUCUGCCCGAGUUAGAGCAACUCAUCGGCAUCACCUUCGGGGUGGCCCUGCUCGUCAUCGUCCUGGCCUUCAUCGUUUACUGCCUCGUCCACCGGAGGUGUAUGAAUUCAGCGACGUUUAAAAAGUUAACACUGUCCGAGUUGUCGGUGUGACCGCCCCACCAUCUGGUCAUCAUCAUCAUUGGAAAACAUAAAUUAUCACACUGUACAGAGACUGGACUUUCUUUUUGGGACUUUUUAAUGUGUGUAAAAAUGACAACCAUUCAUAAUUUAAUGUCAUUUGAUUGAAAGACUAAACUUCUAUUUAUGUUCAACAGAUAUGACUUCAUUUUCCUGUAAAGUAUGAGGGAGAACAAAUAUUAAUAUUUAUUGUAAUAUAGCAAUUAACUUAUUAAACAUGUUUUUUAAAAUCUUGUAAUAAAUCUCUAAAAAUGUA